AUGCAGUCACGGGCAGGGCAGCUGUGCCAAGAGGACGUUGAUCCACUUGCUGUGUGGAAUGAUCUGCCAGCUGUCUCGGCCGACAUCCAGCCUGAGAUGACAUCCAUCGGCAUGUCGGGCCUCACAAUUUACGGCAUCGGCAAAGCCGACGGGCUGACCAGAUUGACCGACACUAAAUGGCUCGCUUGUGGCAGUGCCGAUCCGCAUUGUGUUGCAGUGGAGAUGGUGUCUGGGGGUUAUCUGGUGGGCGACAUGAUUAGAUUUGACGGGAGUUACUGGGAGGCUACAGCGGUCACCAUGCGGGAAAACAUGGCCGUGAUGUGUGGCGAAGGGGCUGGUUACAACCACAUCGGUUGCGACCUGAUCACUGCAGAGAGCCGGGUGCUGACCAAGCAGGACUUCCUAAAAGUGCCUAGUAUUGAUCCUGCAAUCUAUGCAUCGCACAAGCCCAUGAUGGUUACACUGGAGGAUGGCAAAGUCUUUUUGUGCUACUGUCAGAGGAAAGCCGACGGUUGUUGUGCACCUUCUUGA